GGCUGACCACGGCAACCCUCAACGAUCGGUCCACUCAAUUACGAUUUACAAUGCCCCAUCCGACCGCCGGAGUCAUACCAGAACCAGUUUUUACCUAUUUGGCCUUAAUAAUCUCGUCGUUGACGAUCGGAUAUUGGGUCGGAUUGGGAAGGUCCUUAGGUUACACUCGAGGCAAUUCUAAUCCGUCUCGCCGGACCGAUAGCGAUAGCGAUGAUGACCUGAAGCGGAAUGAGAAACGGGGAGGGGGCUCUUCGGAGUCUGAUUUAGACAGUCAUGAUGAAGCCGAUCUAAAAUCUAUUCGACCAAAUUGGAGCGAAGAAAGCAAACUGGUACUUGUGGUACGGAGUGAUUUAGGGAUGACCAAGGGCAAAAUAGCGGCGCAGUGUUGUCACGCGACGCUGGCUUGUUAUAAGACGCUAAACAAGUCCAACCAAGCUUUACUUCGACAUUGGGAAAGGAGCGGACAACCAAAGAUCGCCCUGAAACUUGAAAAGAACGAGUGCGCGACGGAAGAGGAUGAAAUGCUACUACUGAAAGCCAAAGCAAGAAGUCUUGGACUCUGUGCUCAAGAUAUUUGUGAUGCUGGACGGACCCAAAUCGCAGCCGGUAGUCGAACCGUUCUAGGAAUUGGCCCUGGACCUGUGGGACUAAUUAAUCAAGUGACUCGACACUUGAAGCUCUUGUAACCAACUCUUGCCUCAAAAUGCGCCGAGAGACAGCUUGCGAAAUACCUUGAUUAGCAUCCAUUUGGUUGCUUUCCGAAUGAAUUGCUUCAUCAGACCAGAUUUUUUUCUCAUGACUUAACCCUUGUACACACCCUUGAUUUCAAAACUCGCAGGAUAACAUCUUCCCUUCGAUUCGCCAGAUUCAUAUCAAGGUAUCGUCCAUGGAACCAUUUGUAACAUCUAUUUGCCAAUGAGUUUGACGAAACCAAUUCCCAUGUUCAGUGGUUGUGUUUAUCCCAAAAUCAGACUGAUCAAAUGCGAGUGAGUUGUUUAGUAUUUCAACACGACAUUUCACCUCUAAAUGCCCAUUGUUGAGGCUAGUCAGAACUCGCUACAACCUAACACAUCAGAUAACAAAUCGAGGUAGCCCUGGCUUGUUUGCUCUGCCUUACAAAUAUUGCAAUCUUGAUAGCGCAUGCUUCACGUCAUAGGCUGGAUAAAAAAUGCCCGCCACUUUCAAGGUUGUAUGCUGGGUCGAAGACACACCAAUAAACCUCAAUCUUUGAGCUAUAUGCUGAACUGCUGCAAUCAAAUAG